GCAGUAUACUGUACAACCCUACUACACACACAUACAGUACAUAGAAGAACAUGUGUUUUUGUUGUUUGUGUCUUGCAGACAUCCAGCAGCUGAUCGGUAAUCCCGAAAAAGUUUCCCCUCAGUCAGGGGGGAGCUCCACUUUGAAGCAGGAGACUCCACAACCACCCUGCAUUAAAAAGGAAGAGGAGGAACUCUGCAUCACUCAGGAGGGAGAGUGUCUUCUAGGACGAGAGGAAGCUGAUUACUCCAAGUUGCAACUGACUGUUGUCUCUGUGAAGACUGAAGAUGAUGAAGAGAAACCACAAGUAGACAACCUCUUAGCUCCACUAUCAGAUAGUGAGACUGAAGACGAGGUUGAAGUAACUUUGAGCAGCGAUACAGACUGUGAAGGUGAUAUGAGGACUCACACUGACAACAAACACUCUGAAUGCUCUUCGAAGAAGAGAGGUGAAAAAUGUUUGAGAUGCUCAGUUUGUGCUGAAAGUUUUACUAAAAAUAGCUGUUUGACUGGACACAUGAGAACACACACAGGUGAAAAACCUUUUAAUUGUUCUGUUUGUGGAAAAAGCUUUUCUCAAAAUAGCUCUUUGACUCAACACAUGAGAAUACACACAGGUGAAAAACCUUUUAUUUGUUCAGUUUGUGAAAAAAGCUUUUCUCAAAAUGGCUCUUUGACUCAACACAUGAGAACACACACAGGUGAAAAACCAUUUAAUUGUUCAGUUUGUGGCAAAAGCUUUUCUCAAAAUGUCCAUUUGACUCAACACAUGAUAACACACACAGGUGAAAAACCAUUUGAUUGUUCAGUUUGUGGCAAAAGUUUUUCUCACAAUAGCAAUUUGAGUCAACACAUGAGAACGCACACAGGUGAAAAACCAUUUAAUUGUUCAUUUUGUGGCAAAAGUUUUUAUCGAAAUUGCCGUUUGACUCAACACAUGAGAACACACACAGGUGAGAAACCAUUUAAAUGUUUAGUUUGUGGCAAAAUCUAUUCUCAAAAUACUUCUUUGAAUCAACACAUGAGAACACACACAGGUGACAAACUAUUUAAUUGUUCAGUUUGUGGCAAAAUCUUUUCUCGAAAUUGCCGUUUGACUCAACACAUGAGAACACACACAGGUGUAAAACCAUUUAACUGUUCGAUUUGUGGUGAAAACUUUUCUAUGAAGAGACGUUUGACUGAACACAUGAGAACACACACAGGUGAAAAACCAUUUAGUUGUUCAGUGUGCUGUAAAAGGUUCACACAUAAAGCAGACGCAGCAAAACACAUGAGAACACACAAGGGAAAAUGACCAAUUAGCUGUUUAGUUUGUGGUAUGUUGCUCAUAUGUGGCGACAUCCACCCUACCCAGGACCUCCUCACUGCUUCUUUCACAAAUAUCUGAGCUAUUCAUACAAACUUGGAUUAUUUAGAGUAUAAUCUUAUCCACUCAUGACCCCAUGUCUUCUCUGUAUCUGAAACCUUCCUGAACUGUAAGAUAGAUGAUGCUUCAAGUGCUUGGUUACUCCUUCUUCAGUCCAGGGACCUGGGGCCUCAUGUGUCAAGUUUGUGCACGCUCAAAAACCUGCACUACACUGUUUGUCACGGUAAAGUUGAAAUGUAUCAAAAUUGAAGCUGACACAUAAGUGAUGCUGGGUAACUGUUUGCAUAACAAAUUGCCAAUUUUUGCUCCUCAGACUGAUUGAUGUGCAAAUCAGAGACAUGUGAACAAUUAACCCCCAACACCCACAACCCAACCCCCACCUCCCUCGACAUUCGGGCAUAACAGGUUCAAUCCGGCCCGCUAGAUGAGUUUGCAAAGUGUAAAAUUCAGCUGCAUUUUUUAAUGAAAGAAACUGCUUUUCUAAUUGUGUCCACUGGAUGUCGCAAUAGCAAUUCUGUUAGGCAAGCAAAUAGUUUAUACCGAGGCGAGCAAGUAUACCAAGCAAGAGGUACACGGUAAAGCGGGGCUGUGACUCCUCCCCCUCCAGCCAACGUAAAAGAGGAGUAAAAUAAUCAAUCAGUAACCCCACUUCAAAUGCAGCAUGAGACACUGCACACUGAUAUAGUUCUGUGAAAAUGAUUGUCUUCUGUGCAAAUGUAAAGAAAGUGAACAGUGUGUGAUUUACUGCAAUACUGUCACUCUUUCAACUUUUUAUUUGGGCUUUGUUGAAAUUGUUCACACAUUGCACUGCUUUUAUUUUUCUGUCAAUACACAUUAUGUCUAAAAGGCAAGAAGUAACUCAAUACUUUUCAAUAGUUUCUACCUCAGUGUGUAUGGUUUGUUGAGUUAGCACAGGAUUAAUAUGUGGAAAUGACAAAUGAGGUAGUUGAUACAUAGAAUAGCUUUCAUUCAAGCUUUAUUUAGUUUUUUGUUCAAUUCUAGAUGGGCUGUGACUUAAAGUUUAAUUUCUUUGUACAAAGACUGCGAUUAAGUCUAAGGUCAUUGUGUUCUUCAAGGUGUUUCUGAAAAUGCACCCUUUGUUUCCUCUAAAUGUUUAACUUACUUUGAAGUGUUUUGUCAGGAUGAUUAUUUGUACUAUGUACAUUUUCAGAAUGUGCUUGUUCUGUUUUGGGCCGAAGUAAAAUAAAGAAAACAAUCUGAAGUUGUCAUAGUCGU